UUCCUCUUCCCCUUCCCCGCCUCGCUUCCUCCCGCCCUCCCCUCUUCCCAGCGCGAUCCCAAACUCUGCCACUGCAAGCCGUCAGCCGCCCUUCUGGCGAGCGGCGCAAGCCUGCGAAAAGUUGCUCCGAGGGCGCCGGUGGGCAAAAGAAAAGCCGGACUUACAAACAAAAGCCAGCCAGCGAGAGAGCCGGUCCUGCUGCUGCUGCUGCUGCUGCUGCUGCUGCUGCUUGCCUAGCUCUAUUCCCCCGCAGGAGGGAGGAGAAAUCGCAACGACAGCUUCGCCGGAUUGUCUUUCUUCCUUAAAGUACAUACAUUUUCUCUUUGGUGCCAGCGGGUUUCUGGCAGCAGCAGGAGGAGAAGCGGCGGCGGCGGCGCGAUUUCUUUUGGGCUCGUUUGUUGCGCCGUUGCAUCGCCGUCGCCCCCGUUAGAGAGAAGGGGGAGAAGCAGAGCGUCGCGGCUGCCGUCUGACUCGCUCGCUCUGGGGCUUGGCUGCGGCUGCUUGGGCGAAGAAGAAAGUUACUUCGGGCUGGCUGGCCCUGGGAAGACUGGGACUCUGGAGUGAGGGGGCGAGCCGGUGAGCCUUCCUCCUCCUCCGCCGCCGCCUCCUCUCUCCAUCGAGAGAGGAGACUUUCGCCCACCCGAGCCCAGCACAAUGGCUGGCGAGCUGAGCAUCGGCCCCGAGCUGCCCACCAGUCCUUUGGCCAUGGAGUACGUCAAUGACUUCGACCUGAUGAAGUUCGACGUGAAGAAGGAGCCCCUGGGCAGAGCCGACCGCACGGGCAGGCACUGCACGCGCCUCCAGCCGGCGGGCUCGGUGUCCUCCACCCCCAUCAGCACCCCGUGCAGCUCGGUGCCUUCCUCGCCCAGCUUCAGCCCCACCGAGCAGAAGACUCACCUGGAGGACCUCUACUGGAUGGCCAACAGCUACCAGCAGAUGAACCCCGAGGCGCUCAACCUUACCCCGGAGGACGCAGUGGAAGCCCUCAUUGGUGCCCACCAGGUGCCCCAGCAGCUCCAGAGCUUCGAGAGCUUCCGGGCCACUGCCCACCAUCACCAUCACCCUCACCACCACCAUCAGCAUCAUCACCACCAAUAUGCAGGGGUCACCCACGAAGACCUGUCCGGCAAUGGGCACCCCCACCAUCACCACCACCCUCACCACCACCAGGCGUCUCCGACCCCUUCCAAUGCCUCCAACUCCUCCCAGCAGCUCCAGAACACGCAUCAGCCUCACCCCUCCUCGUCGUCCUCCUCGUCCUCCUCGUCGUCUUCUUCCAGCAGCGUGGAGGACAGGUUCUCCGAUGACCAACUGGUCUCCAUGUCGGUGCGAGAGCUUAACCGGCACCUGAGGGGCUUCACCAAGGACGAGGUGAUCCGCCUCAAACAGAAGAGGCGGACCUUGAAGAACAGAGGCUAUGCCCAGUCUUGCAGGUACAAGCGGGUCCAGCAGAAGCAUCACUUGGAGAACGAGAAGACCCAACUCAUCCAGCAGGUGGAACAGCUCAAGCAAGAAGUGACCCGGCUGGCCAGAGAAAGAGACGCCUACAAGCUCAAGUGCGAGAAAUUGGCCAGCAAUGGCUUCCGAGAGGCCGGAUCCACCAGUGACAACCCGUCUUCUCCCGAGUUCUUCAUAACUUUAACCUGGACUUUGCAAAACAAAGGGAUGGGCACCGGAGAAGCCAUCUAGAAUAUCUGCUUUGGAGUUCUUAAAAAACGAAAGAAGAAAGGAAAAGAGGGAGGGGAAUGCACGACGUACCUGCAAAAGGAGAGAGGACAGUAUAUACAGACUCCUCUUAUGUUGCCUGCCUUGAGAGAAAGCGAGAGUGAGAGUGAGAGAGUGAGAGUGAGAGAAUUCAGGUGGGACGUUUCCAUUGAAGAGAGAUAUGGGGAGACGCAACAAAAAGAGAGCGAGAGAGAAACCUCCUAGGUUUUAUUGCCUGCUUGAUUAUAUAGAAAAAAAAUACGAAAAAUCUGCAUUAAAAAUAUUAAUCCUGCAUGCUGGACAUGUACGGUAACUUCUAUUUUGUACCAUUUUCUUGUUUAAACUUUUCGCAUGUUGUUGAUCAUGGACCCUUAGCUUCUUCUUUUUUCUUCUCUGCUGUUACUGUUUGUUUUCUUUCAUUAAGUAAGAAAAUGUCACGAGUUAUAUAUAUAUAAUAUGAAAAGCCCUCCUUCUACAGCUCAUGCAAUUGUUUGUUGCUGUUUCUCUUUUUAUUUUUUAAUUUGGGCUCAAUCCACCAGGAACAUCUCCUGUGCACUUCUCAUUGAAAUGAAUAGGGCUGGUGCUCAAGAGUACAGUUGGUGGAUUGGGCCCUCGGUUAGCUUGUAAAUAUAUCAGUCACAUCAACCCACACAGGGCAAAACACAAGAACAUUUCAGCAGGCUGGUUUUCGAUGGUUUUGGUCAUUCUUUAGGAAAAUAAUCAACUACAAAAGAGAGAGUGUGAGAGAAAUUCUGGGCAUUUUUGCAUUCAGAAAACAACUUUGUAUAUUUGGUGCACUUUUAAAAGCUGUAACUUUUUUCUUUAGAUUUAGUUUUCAUUUUGGUUUUUGUUGGGCCAGAAAAUGACAUGCCUAACCUCUUAACACCCUGAUUUUAAAUAUACUGAGAAGUCAGAAAGAAUUAAGUUCCACUGAAGUAAAUUGGACUUAACUUCCAAGUCACUGUGCAAUCUUGUACAUGUCUAUUCGGAAGUAAGUCCCCUUGAGUUGUAUGGGGAUUGCUUCCACGUAGGUGGGUAUAGGAUUGCAGCCUAAGGAUAUUUAGAGGUGUCCUUCAGAAAGCGAAAAAAAGAAUAAUACUCAGUAAUCUAGGAAGAAUAUUAUUUAAAGUGGCAGUGUGUGAAUUCGAUGCUGGGUCUUCCCGCAGUCCAUCACUCCACAGCUAUCUUCUGUUUGGACCAUCUGAUUUUAUCAUACACUCAGGAAAAUAAAAGAGAGGUUAGAAUUUGUGAUUACCCCAUCCCACAACCCCCACCCAGGCAACAAUUGGCCACUUCAUUUCCUAACGCAGAGAGAUGCUAGUCAGUUUCAGGGGCUGCGUCCUGACCUGCUCACGUGCUUGUGUUCUGAUUGGAGUUAAGUUGAUCAGUGUAAUAUUAUGAAUGACUUCUGAAAGCAUAGGAAAACCUCUCUUUUCUUUCAAAAGAUGUUAGUUUUAAAGACAGAGACUUCACUUUGUCAAGGUGUAUUCUCUUGCAAUGUUUAAUCUGCUCCUUUAUGCAGCCAGUGAGAAUUUAGCCAAAUUUCCUAGCAACUGCGAAUAGUUAAUAGUUUGGAGUCUUAUGGGUGUUCUAUUCUGCUUAUUCUUCUUAUACUUUUUUCUUGUUUUGAUUUUUCCUGGGUUUUUUUUCCUCCUGCAGGUCAGUAAAAGGAUUUUAUGUUGCACUGACAAAAAUACCAAAAUGAAAACCUUUUAUUUUUUGUUUUCUUUUACGGAUUGCUGGCACUGCUGGCCGGAUGCAUUUUAAGUUUGUAUUAGUUUAUAAAUUAACAGUAAUACCAAGAAUCGUGAUAAAUGAAGAGCAUGGUGCUUGCCGUUUUAAAUAUUGUGGAUAUUAAUAGUCAUGCAUCAGAAAAUACCCCUCUGAGCUUUUGGGUUUUUACGGAUUCAACUGUGUUGAAGUCGCAGCAUCGCAGCAGCAGAAAAUAAUAAUAAUAAUAAUAAUGUUUUUAUUUCAUGUAAACAUUCUGAAGGGAUCAAUUUCAAAUCCUGCUUAUGAUAUGAAAAAUAUUAAAAAAACACCUCUUGGUCUUA